CUUGCGAAAGGUGGAGACCUUUCUGUAAAGUUAGUUUAUUUGGUGAGGUGGAGUGAAAACAAGGUGAUUUUUGAUGCCGUACCGCAGGCGCUUCUCCGCGAAAAUGCCAGACUUCGACGACGAGGUGACCGUUGUUGAUGUGUAUGAUUUGGCGUCGGAUAUUGGAAAGGAAUGUGAAAUAAUUAUCGAGAAAUACGGCCCUGAAGCCGUAACAGCUCUGCUGCCGAAGGUGAUAAAUGCACUUGAACUAUUAGAAAAUUUGGCUGUACGCAAUGAGAAGGAAAAUCAAGCUUUGCACGAAUUAACAGCAAAAAUAUCACAAUUAGAAAAUGAUAAGAUCGAGAAGGCUGAGUACAGGCAACGAUUCGAAAAGGAAAUAGAAGCGAUUGAAGAACAAUGGCGUACGGAGUCAGCCGAGCUGGUUACGGCUGUCGCACGCUUGCAGGAUGAAAACAAGCGCUUGAGGCGUACUAUAAACUCACCCGCGGACGGCACUAGCGCUCCACCGUCACCGGCUCGGGAACACGACCAAGAGGUGCUUUCACGAUUGAGCAGUACCGCUGAGAAGCAGAGAGCCACUCUCCGUCAUCAGGAACUACAGCUGCAGGAGAAACAGCAACUGAUUGAUAGCUUGACGAAUCAAGUUGAGAAGCUAGCGCAGGUCAGCCGUGAUCUUCGAAGAAAACAUAAGCAACUACAAAAUCAGAUGCGUCUUGUUUGUGAGGAACGCACUGAGCUGACAGCAAUAGUCCAAUCGCAGCAGCGCGAUAUCGCCGUCCUUCAACAAUCAGAUGCACAGAACAAGAAGUGCACAUCGUGUGGGGUGGCGUUACCUGAUGGUGGGGAUGACGAAGACCAGUCAUCGAAGCCGACGUUUAGCGUGCGCGAGCUACGCGCAAUAUUACACGAAAGGAACGAACUCAAACUCAAGUUGAACCGCGCUGAGGAACAGUUGCAAGCGUUACAGGCCGAGCCGCAAGCCGACAGCUCGGACGCGUCCCCGUCGCCGCCGUCGCUGGGCGCGGGCGCGGACGACGACGAGGCGCCCGUGCAGGGCCCGCUGCCCGCCGAGCCCGACGACGCGCCCUGGAAGCGGAACAGCGGCAUCCGGAAGUUAUGGCUUACAUUGGUGUUCAAAUGUUCGUAUUUAAGAAUUCUAAGAAUGAGAAAAAACAACGAUUAAGUAAUACUAUAAUACAAUAAAAUAAUGUUGCUAACUUGCCAAUUUAAAUUAAACGUGCUGUUUUUACAUUUGGUUCUGGCAACAUUCUUUUUUCAUCGUGCUUUUUUUUUAUUCUUUACUAUAUAAUUUUUUUUUAGUUUUGUGCCAGUUUUUUUUUAAAUCUCUGCUAAACAGUUUUUCUAUACUUCUAGGAGUAAUUAUAUUGAUUUUUGUGACAAACUAUCCGGUAUUUUGGCCUAAUAAAAAUGAAUAAUUUUCUAAAUCAUUUUUUAAUUCUGUGACAAAGACGAUAAUCUAAGUUCAUAUUUUAAUUAUUUCUAAAUGCUGAUUAAUUAAAUAACAUAACUGUAUUGAUUCAAACUAUUUUAUAAAACGUGACAGAAAUAAUCCUCAACUCUCAGGAUUUAUUUGAUCGAAGUGUUGAAAUUGAAUGUUAAAUAAUCGUUAACGUAGAUAAAAUAAGAAUACUAAUUACUACCUGGACUUAAAAUUUUCCGUAGAGAACCCUAGCACUAAUGUGAUAUGUAAAAUUUUUAAUCGAAAAAUUAAUGAAUCGGACACACCUGCCUGACCAGCAGUAUAUAAAAAUGAUAGGGAUUUUUUUUUUAUGUCAAACACGGUGCUUGUGCUACCAGACUUGCCAUAAAACAUCUAACACCAAAUAUGUCGCAAUUAUGUGACUGUAACAUUAUAAAAUAUUUCGUAUCGCAGUUGCUCAACUAGAGUCUAGCAAAGGUGUGUUCGAUCCUUUACAAUUUCGAAUAGAUUAGACGUCAUCAAAACGCGUAUAGUUUUGUGUGCCUCGUAUAAUAGCGGUCUUUAUCACAUUAAAAAGUAUUUGCAAUUUCCAUUCUACACUAUUUAAUUAAGUUAUUAUGAUGGAGCGCAUUUUCUGCUCGUUAGUAUAAGACAAAUGUAAUCAUUCCUAAAGCUUCUUUCAUAGGUAUGUGUAUGGCCAGCAACAUUUAUCCAAUAUGCCUUCGUGUUGGCCUCGAAGAAACAAGCUAUAAUUGAUUUACCGUCUUAAAUUUACUGUUUUAGUUAUCUGGCAAUACCUUAACUAUGAAUGAAGCAUUUGAUAAUAUAAUUAUUGUUCACAUAUUUUAUUGACAAUCAUCGGUGUCAUGCGUUAAAAAAAUGCUAGUCAUAGUACUACUGGGUACUAGAUUUAAUUUAUUCGAUAAAUAGUGGAACGUUCUGGUGUUCUUUUUUUAAACGAAGGCUUAACGAUAAUAAUCCGUUUAUUAUAAAAUGGUUCGAUUUUUAAAUCGUAGUACGCUCUCCCUUCGUAAAAUAAUGUGACCUUGAAAUAUACCCACUAAUGUUCCACUAUUCAUGAUGAAUACGAUUAAUUUUUCUUUUCGGUUUUCGGGAACAUGGCAGAAAUUUAUACACAAUUGUCUCUUAUAUAGUCAUAAAUUGAAACGUUUUAUGUUAAUCUUGUAGAAUGUUAUAAGUGUAAGACAGUUUAUUGGUGAAUAAUUAGGAAAUUUAUGAAUUGACGGUGUCAAAAUAAUUAAAAUAUGUUUAUAAUAAGUUGAA